AUGUCCAUACCUGAAGAGUGCACUGUGCUUGUGGUUGGCGGCGGACCAGCAGGGUCGUAUGCCGCGUCUGUACUUGCCCGGGAGGGCAUAGACACUGUUCUGCUGGAGGCAGAAGUAUUUCCUCGGUAUGAGCCCGUCCACUACACUGGGGAGAGCCUCUUGCCCUCUGUCCGCUACUACCUUGACUUCAUCGAUCUGUAUGAUAAGUUCAACAGCCACGGAUUUUUACGCAAGACAGGAGCCACUUUCAAGCUCAACUCUCGAAAGCCGGGAUACACGGACUUCCUAGCUGCGAAUGGAGCUGGCAACCAUAGCUGGAACGUUGUCCGCUCUGAAGCCGAUGAUAUUAUCUUCAAGCAUGCGCGCAAGAGCGGUGCAAAGGUCGUUGACGGUGUGAAGGUAAAGGAAAUCGACUUUGACCCCGUAAGUGGUCGGCCAGUCUCUGCCUCGUGGACACGGAGGGAUGGUAGUGCGACUGGCCUAGGCAGAACUCGCUUUAGGUACCUGGUCGACGCCUCCGGACGGGCGGGGUUGGUAAGCACCAAGUAUAUGAAGAAUCGAGUUUAUAACCCGGGAUUGCGAAGUAUAGCUAUCUGGGGCUAUUGGGCCGGAGCCAAAUCUUAUGGGCCUGGAGUGGGGGAUCCAUUUGCCGAGGCACUCGAGGACGGAAGCGGCUGGGUCUGGUAUUUCCCUCUGCACGACGGAACAUGGUCUGUAGGAAUCGCCAUAAAGCAAGACCGCGUCGGACCCAAGAAAAAGGCAUGUAAGUCCACCUCGACGCUGGACUUUUACCUCAAAACGCUCGAGGAAACACCGAUCGUUGCGGACCUUCUCCACGGUGGGAAACUGCAAUCAGACAAACUGCGAACAGCAUCAGACUGGUCCUACAGUGCAUCCGAAUACGCCGUCCCCUAUCUGCGCAUCGCUGGCGACGCGGGGUGCUUUAUCGACCCUCUCUUCUCAUCCGGCGUUCACCUUGCCAUGAACGGCGGGCUUUCUGCGGCGCUGACAAUCUGCGCAUCGCUCCGAGGCCAUUGUGCAGAAAAAGCUGCAAUCGAAUGGCACAACCAGAAAAUUACAGAAGGGUAUACGCGGUUUCUUAUGAUUGUCAAGAGCUCGCUGGAUCAAGUUCAUGGACGCGAUGAACAUAUACUGAACGACAUCGAGGAGCCGGAGGGAUUCGAUAUUGCCUUUGAACAUUUCAAGCCAAGGCUGACUGAGGACAAUGGCAAACCAGUCAUCCAAGGAACCGUAGAUGCCGGUGGCAAGCUGAGUACAGCAGACAUCGCCAAAUCCGUCGAUUUCUGCGUCCGGGUGCUCAAGAAGGCUGAAGGGGAAUAUCAGGCGGACUCACGCGGACACGCAGGCUCGGGCUUCCAUUUGGAUAAGGAUGGAGCCGAAAAUGAUGGUGAUGAUAUCAUGAUAAAAGUUGCGCGCCUUAAUCGAGUGGUGUCGUUCAGUGAGGACUUCACAGCGGAUGUAAUCAAUGGCAUGGCGCCCAAUAUGUGUCGUGGUGAGCUAGGACUUGUCCCGGUUGCUCUCCGUGAUUAG